AUGGCAAGACUGCAGAACCCGGAGAGUCAGGCUCGCUAUAUGAGUUACAUUGUUAUGUUUGUAUACUAUGUCCUGCGCUUGGUCGAGAAUGAAGAAGUGUACCUUGCAGCUUUAUCUGAUUCUGAUGAUUCUGACGAGUCUGAGGACCCUAAUGAUGAUGAUGAUAGCGAUAAGAAUAGCGAAGACGGUCAAGAGGAAGAGCGUAGACCUGAUCUAUUUGAAGACGCCCGCGAGUUGUUCCCAUGGCAAGGGAGACAGAAAGAUCUAGCAAGGGAAUUGUGGGCAGGCCUGGAGGAGAGCAACGAGAAAGCACAUGUGACAUUGCUGUUGCGCCUUCUUGACUCCUUCAUAUUUCAAAAUACAGGCGAUAAUCUGUUCAGUAGUGGGCUGAUCCACUAUAUAGCUGUGCUUAGGAUUGAUACUAAAAUAAACCGGUUACAGACAGCGAAGAACUACUCUUACAUGCUUGCUAGCAUGGUCUAUUGUACAAGAGUGAUAGCUAUAGAGUCACUUCUUCUAUCUGCGGAAAGACAACAGCAGGGAGAUGAAGAUCGAGCAGGUUUCAUCCAGAAACGAUGA